CACGCAUAGAACUCUCUUGGAUUAGCGCGCUUGAGAAAAAAGAGGCCGGUGCCUAAUACUCAGGCCUGUCGCUUAUCCUAGCAUAUGAUUGCCAUUGUAUGCAUGUGUUACUGGUGCACAAGCAAGGCGGUGCCGCUUUGGGUCAAUUCAACUCGCAAUUGGCAAGGGCUCCAAUCGGGCCCUGGCACCAAAGGCCGCGCAGGCCACGCGUAAGCAAUGCAUAUGUUCCACUUGAACAAACAAGCUCAACAUGCGGGCGCUGGUUUCCAAAGCGCGGUUGGCCCACUCGGUGGGCGGGCGGGCCUCGCAGGCCACAAGAUGUGCAGCCACCAUCUCUGCUAGCCGGGCACCCGCACACCUCGGCGACGCCCUUCACGAUGUGGACACGCCUGCCCUCAUCUUGGACUUGGAUGCUUUUGACAGAAACUGUGAGAAGCUAAAGGGCGUCAUGGCGGGCUUCCCGGGCGUGGCAGUGCGCCCCCACGCCAAGGCCCACAAGUGUGCGGAGGUGGCGCGGCGGCAGCUGCAACUGCUGGGGGCGAAGGGCGUGUGCUGCCAAAAGGUCAUCGAGGCUGAGGCGAUGGCGGAGGGCGGGGUGUCCGAUCUGCUGCUGUCCAAUGAGGUCAUUGCGCCCAGGAAAAUUGACCGCUUGGUUGGCCUUGCGGCCGCGGGGGCGCGUGUGGGCGUGUGCUACGAGCGGGAGGACAACCUGCGGCAGCUGAAUGCUGCGGCGGCGGCACGUGGCACGCAUCUGGAUGUGCUGGUGGAGCUGAACGUGGGGCAAGACAGGUGUGGCGUGAACUCGGCGGAUGAGGUAGUGCAGCUGGCGCGCGCGGCGGCGGGGCUGGACAAUGUGCGGUUUGCCGGCAUUCAGGCCUACCACGGCGGGCUACAACAUGUUCGUGAUCCCCGCGACCGCGCGCAGCGAGUGGGGCAGGUAGUGGGGCGGGCCCGGGCGGCGGUGGAUGCCCUGAAGGCGGCUGGACUGCCCUGCGACACGGUCACGGGGGGCGGCACUGGCACCUACAGGGUUGAGGCGGCCAGCGGUGUGUUCACGGAGGUGCAGCCGGGCUCGUUCGCCUUCAGCGACGCAGACUACGCACGCAACCUGCAGGAGGACGGCGGCGUUGGCGAGUGGGAGCAGAGCCUGUGGGUGCUCACGCAGGUUAUGAGCGUCACCCCAGCUCGGGGCCUGGCGGUGGUGGACGCCGGCACCAAGGCGGUGUCAUUGGACAGUGGGCCGCCGCGACUGCCGCCCGCCUUCGAGGCGGCGUACGGCACAAUGAUGGAGUACGGCAGCGGCGGCGACGAGCACGGCAAGCUCAUGUGGCCGCAGGGCGCCUACCAGCUGCCCAUGUCGCUGCCGGAGGUGGGCAGCCUGCUGCUGCUACAGCCGGGCCACUGCGACCCCACCGUCAACCUGUAUGACUGGCUGGUGGCGGCGCGGCGGCAGCAGGGGGGGCAGCAGCAGGGGGGCGUGGACGGGUGGCGAGUGGAGGCGGUGUGGCCCAUCCGGGGGCGGGGGCCAGGGCAAUGAUGAAUGUUUAGGUGGCAGCAAGUGUGCGUGGGAAUUCAUAUGUGAUGGUAGGUAGGUAGGCGGGUAGGCAAGAUUUGCCGCACGCCGCGAGGUCUGCAAAUAAGGCGGGACUGCUUGCUGUGUUGCUAGAGACGGGACCAGGCAAGAACAAGGAAUGGCCGGGACGGAUCACAGGUGCAGCUAGGCUUGGCAAACGUGGAGCGGCGUGCAGGACGGCAAGAGGCGAGGAGAGCCGUUGGCGACGAGGCGGUGCAGCAGGUGGGGGUGCCGGGACGUGUGCGUGUGUGUUUGACACGGAAGACAUGGGUAAGGCGGGCCGGGGCGUGCACAUGCUGCUGCAGUAGUCCUCCAGCUCGGCGGAGGGCGUGGGGCGGCCGUGGCGCGAGGGCGAGUAGCGCCACAGCAAGGUGCGGGGGGAGGGGCGUGGGGAGGUGUACUGCGGGGCUGCGUACUGAGGGGAGGGGCUCAGGGGGCCGGGAGGUGGUGGCUGUGGUGGAAAGUGGUAAUACUUGGUGGAAGGGUGGCAUGCGGAGGACGUGGCUAUUCCGAGGCGGUUGCCUCUUGCGGCAGGUAGGCCGGCAGCGUGGUAAGGCAGUUUGACGUAGGGGAGGGGUGUAUGUUUGCUGUUAGUUGGGGCUCCGGUCCUAGGUAGGUGGGUGUGUGUGGUACGGUAUGGGGUAUGGCGUACGGCGUGCGGUGAAAUGCCGUACGGCCGGACUGUGGAUGCACAAGUACCAUACUGUACGUAGGCACCACAGUGUGGAGAGGCUGAUGACGGACUUCAUCCAGUAGGCACUCCGCCGGUGGCUGCUUGGCAAUGGCGGGCGGAAAGUCUGGAAAGUGUUGGUCAUACAUGCCUUUUUGGAAACCUCAGCUGUUGCAGCAACAACUGAGUUGUGGCUGGCGGAGCGCCGGCGGGCGGCGGCGUCUAUAAUAAGU